GCAGUGCGUGAGAAGGUUCAAACCUCGGUGCUAACGAAGCCUCGUGUGCGUGACGGUUGUUGAGCGCGUUCACGUCGCGUCACAGUUCGGUGCGUGUCGGUGCUGGAGACGUAUGACGCCACCGAGCGGUUCCCGGUGGAUUUAUCCCGCAGACUCGUCCCGCUCCGCCAUGUCCGCUCCGCCGCUAGCCGUUAGCGCUGCUAGGCUAAGCUAACUCGCUGCUAACUCGUGUGAUGGUUCCCAGCUCGUAGUUUGCGGGAUCACUUGUUUGCGGGAGAUUUAUCUGUUGGUUUCCGGGAUGACUCAUUAAAACCCCGAGCUCCGCCCCGACCUCGUCCCGCGGAGCCAUGACUCUGGCCCCGAAGGAGCUGUCCAACCUGCUGAGCAUCAUCUCGGAGGAGGCUUGCACCAACACCUUCGAGAGCCUGUCCACUCACUUCCACCAUUACUUCGGCAAAGCGGAGCACUUCCGGGUGGGUUCGGUGCUGGUGAUGCUCCUGCAGCAGCCGGACCUGCUGCCCAGCUCCCCGCAGCGGCUCACCGCGCUCUACCUGCUGUGGGAGAUGUACCGCACCGAGCCGCUGGCCGCCAACCCGUUCGCCGCCGUGUUCGCUCACCUGCUGAACCCCGCACCUGCCGGGGAGGAGCCGGAGAAGCUGCUGUCCGGCUUCCUUCCGCCCAUCACGCAGCCGGAGAAGUUCUUCCUGUCGCAGCUGAUGUUGGCGCCGCCUCGGGAUCUCUUCAAGAAGACGCCCAGGCAGGUGUCCUGCAUGGACGUGGGCAACAUGCCCCAGUCCAUAGACAUCAGCGGGCUGCAGCUGGCGCUCGCAGAGCGUCAGUCGGAGCUGCCCACUCAGAGCAAGGCCAGCUUCCCCAGCAUCCUGAACGACCCGGAUCCAGACUCGUCCAACUCGGGAUUCGACAGCUCGGUGGCCAAUCAGAUCAUCGAGUCGCUGGUCACGGGGCCCCGCCCUCCACUGGAGAGUCACUUCCGCCCCGAGUUCAUCCGGCCGCCGCCGCCUCUCCACGUGUGCGAGGACGAGCUGGCGUGGCUGAACCCGACCGAGCCGGACCACAGUGUGCAGUGGGACCGCUCCAUGUGUGUGAAGAACAGCACCGGCGUGGAAAUCAAACGCAUCAUGUCCAAGGCCUUCAAGAGCCCCCUGUCGGCCCAGCAGCAGUCACAGCUGCUGGCCGAGCUGGAGAAGGACCUGAAGCUGGUCUAUCACAUCGGGUUGUCUCCGGCGAAGCUCCCCGACCUGGUGGAGAACAACCCGCUGGUGGCCAUCGAGAUGCUGCUGAAGCUGAUGCAGAGUUCUCAGAUCACAGAGUAUUUCUCCGUGCUCGUCAACAUGGACAUGUCGCUGCACUCCAUGGAGGUGGUGAACAGGUUAACCACCGCCGUGGAUCUGCCGCCAGAGUUCAUCCACCUCUACAUCUCCAACUGUAUCUCCACCUGCGAGCAGAUCAAAGACAAGUACAUGCAGAAUCGUCUGGUUCGUCUCGUCUGCGUCUUCCUUCAGUCUCUGAUCCGAAACAAGAUCAUCAACGUGCAGGACCUCUUCAUCGAGGUCCAGGCUUUCUGCAUCGAGUUCAGCCGCAUCCGCGAAGCCGCCGGACUCUUCCGCCUCCUCAAGACGCUGGACACGGGAGAAAACCCCACGGAGGCCAAACCCACCAAAUAGCGCUGCCACACAAACCUUUUAAAACGAGUUAAAGGGACAAACAUCUUCACAGAAACUGGAGCCGUCGACUCAGCUGAGAAUGAAUAUUGUAAAUAUGUAGUUUAGUUUCUUCAGCGUCUGAGCUUCACCUAAAAAUUGACGGACUCGAUUCAGCUUUUCAUUUUGUACCAGUUGCUCUGUCGUUCCUUUGGAAAAACUACUUUUCUCUUAUUAAACAGAGUUUUUGAAUUUGA